AUGAUUAACGAUGAAUUUGUAAAAAGCAGUACUUUGGAGUACGAAGACUGCGACAUGGAAGUAGAGAAUGUAAAUGAAUCCGGUGUAAACAGUUCUGCUGCAGUGAAGAAAGAAAGCGACUCAAAUAAUUGUAAUGAAGUUAAAGAAGAUGGUGAAGUAAAAGCAAGUACUUCCAGCAGUAAUUUGUUUUUCAAUGAACUGUUUGAGAGUACUGCUCAGCGACAUAAAGGAUGUCGAGAAUCUAAGAUUCUGGAAACAUCAAUUGCAAAUUUGAAAAAGAAAUUGCAAAUUCAAGAUGAAACGGACUUCGAAUCCGACAUCUCUAUGAAUGAGCCAUGUGGAGUUCAAAUAAAUGAGAAGCUACGAAGGUUGAGAAAAAAAUUAGGGCAAAACUAUGUAGCAGUGAAUAGCUCUAAAGUUGGAUCAAUAGCAGCAUGGCAUAGAGAACCCUUAGAUAUUAGUAGUCGAACAACAAAUACAAACGCAUUCGACAUGGAAAACUGUUUACAUCAUGAUGACGAGGUAGAGCUACAAGGCCAAACAGCUGUCGAAAGAAGUUUGGCUGCAAUGUCAAAAUCGAAAUGUAGUACCUCUUCACGUAAUUCAGUAAAUGACAUUGAUGAUGAGGAAGAUGGCGGAGAACUGAAAAGUGAUGCAAUUAUGGAAAGGAUUUUUGGAGAAAGCAAUGUGACAUUGUCUGCGGCUUUACGAAGAAAGCGACAACGUCGAAAUCCUGUGUGGACAUAUUUUGUGGUAGAGGAGGGAUUGGCAACGUGCAAGUAUUGUAACUAUUGUACGAAAUCUGUCUUUAGCACUAAUCUGAAGGUACAUCUGAGGACACACCAUCGUGACCUCUUCGAAGAAGUUAUUAAGGCAGAAGAAGGAUUGCAAGAGCAUAAUACAGUGCAGAAUUCCUUGUGGAUUACGGAUAGUACAACUUCAGCAGCGACACCAAAAACACCUUAUAUGCAUCAUGUGACAACCACUGCUUUGCCAGCUCUGGGAAGUUCUGAUACAUCUUCCAGUGCUAACCUCAACAGUAAUGCAAUGUCAAAUGGAACGUCAACAUUGAGUAAUGCUGCAGUUUUGUUAGGCAUAUUGAAUCAAGGCACCGGAUUCCAGCCUGACUCCACUGUCAGUGUUGCUGCUACUGCAGCCAACAACAGUUCUACAUUUUCCGCCAGAAUCCCUGCACUUCCUACAUCACAAAGCAUGAUGGACUUCCCAAAGGCAUUACCUGAAAUGCAAAUCCCAGUCAAUUGUCUAAAACCAUCAUCAGAUCUCACCUUAAAUUUACCCGAUUUCUUGAAAGUUAUUUCUGAAGCUGCAGCUAAAUCUGCGACAACUGCAUCACUGAAUUCUGCGAAAAUGCUUACAAAUGAUGGUAGUGAUGCUGUCGAGAAAUUGAAAUCAGAAAGCAAAACAUCACAGAGUUCGUCACCAACUUGUAAUAUAACUUGUUCGAAUAACAAAAUGGAUAAAAAUGCUUCACAAGCAAGCAGUCAGUCAGCAAUGGUUUUGAAACGACGACGUUUACGAAGGCAUCCUGUAUGGCGAUUUUUUAAGGAUGUUGGUGAUGGAAGUAAAACAGUAAAGUGUGUGAACUGUUCAUUCAGUACAUCAUCGCCGUUUAGUACAAAUUUAAAAAUGCAUCUCAAAGCUCAUCACAAAAGUGAUUACCGACUAAUUUUGAUUUUGGAAUCAAGGCAACGUCUGGAAGAGGGGAUCAGCCCUAUUCCAGAAUCAGGCCAAAGUUCUCAGUCUGUCGGAAAAAGAACCAGUACUGAAGAUCCAAAUAUUAGCAGUGCAGAUGAGGAACAAAUUGAAGCAAAAAGAAGGUCUUUAAGUGCAAGUACAGGACAUUUUGAAGAUGACAGGUUCAAAUCUAUGACUAAUACUGAACGUGUGAAAGCAAUGAUUGAGAUGGCUGCAGCAAGUCACACACCGACUUCUGUAAACUUGUCAGAGUAUAAUGCCGAUUUCACUAACUUUGACGAAAUAAAUAAAAAAAGUGUUUUUGGUUCUGAAGAUACAUCAUCAAAUUUAGUCGAUACCAAUCUAUUAGCACGUCUCGGUUUGGUGAAAUCAGAGGCGUUUCAGCCGAAGCCACCGCUGCAAAACAAAUUUUUGAAUACUCAGACAGUGAAUGCAGAAAAUGUAAUUCGAAGUCAUCUGACAAGCCCUUCAUCUCUGUCAGUUGCUUUAGAUACGACAAAGUCUGUCAGGACUGUAAGUAAGAGAUUACCGACAGGCGAAGUAGUAAAAGUACGUCAGACACGUAAAAAUGUAGAUAAAACCAUUGUUCACCUGGCCGUCACUACAUCUGUAGCAGCAGCAGCAACUGCUACAAUUAGCACCACCAAACCGAUUGUACCAUCUCGUGAUUUUUCAGUCGCAGCAACCGCUGAUGAAGGACUUGCUGGUAUUAGAGCUGCUAGAGAUAUUGCUCUCGCUAAAUUUUUGUUCCAAGCAAAUGCAUUUCAUCUACUGGAAUUACCUGAAUUCAAGCAAUUUGUGGAUUCACUGAAUCCAGCUUAUGAGAUACCUCAAAGUGACUAUUUGAAGCGAUUGUUACAAUCUUCAGCGGGUGAUCAUGAUCUGUCACCAGAACAUCUCUUGGAUUUAGACAUAGAAAAGUAG